AGAAGUCAGUAAGAGCAUCAUGUCUCCAGCCAGCGUGCCCCGGCCAUCCUCGCUGCCCACACUAUAUAAAGGGGGUGUGCGAGGCGGGUCUGGGCAGUCACCAUCAUGAGGCACAACAUUGCACUUCUCCUCGCUGUGCUGGGCGCAGGCUGCUGCGGUCUGGUGGCAGCCCAGUACUACGAACCGAUACAGAGUGACAAUGGAAUGCCGUGGCGAGGCAAGUACGGAGACAUGGACAUCUGCCACCACGACAAAAACUUCACCUACACUUACGCUCUGGACUUCAAGUUUGAUGACCUGAAUGACCUGGACAAUGUUGGCGGGAAUGCCGUGAAGCUGUACUGCCGAGACCACGCUGGCUCCAUCUCAGGCUACGUCACCAGCAUCGAGGGCAAGAGGGGUGACUGGCAAGGCAUUCACUCCUGCCCCCCACAUGCGUUCUUCAACGGGUUCCGCCUGCGAGUGUUCCCGGAGCAGGGCACGUGGGGCGAUGACUUUGGAGUGGAUAAUAUUCAGAUGUCUUGUGAGGAUGGCACCAUUGUUGACGGCAUUGAGGGAGUUCUGACCGAGGAGGGAGUGACGGAUGAGGUGGAAAAGAGCGUGUUGAGGCAAUGGGUAGACAAGGUGGAGCGCAAGAUGGAGGUCAUUAGAUACAACAUAGGCAAGACGAGGAUUCACGGGGAGUGGGGCUCGUGGGUGUACUGCUCCCCUGGCAUGUACGUGGUGGGGCUUCGCACUGUGGUGGAGGAGGGACACAUUGACGACGAUGCAGGACUCACUGACGUCAUUCUGUACUGCUUCUAAUAAACUAAAGAACCCUCA